AUGUCGUUUGUGGCCAUUGUCGGUACCUCGGGCUACGUGGGUCAGGCCACGGUGCAGGCCUUUGCCAAAUCUUUCCCCAAGAUCAAGGUCAAGGCCGGCGUGCGCGACCCAAGCGCCGAGAAGGCCCAGCCCCUCAAGGCCGGUGACAACAUCGAGCUCACCAAGAUUGACAUGAACGAUGCCGAGAACAUGAAGGCCGAGUUCAAGGGUGCCGAUGCCGUCUACAUCAUUACCCCCGGCCAUAUCGACCGCACCAAGAUUACGAUUGGUGCCAUUGAUGCUGCCAAGGCUGCUGGCGCCAAGUACAUUGCCAUCGUCUCCUUCCCCACGGCUUACUCGGACUCGUGCUUUGGCAAGCAGAUUGGCCCCGUCGAGGACCACCUCAAGGCCAGCGGCGUCACGUACGCCAUCCUCCGCCUGCCCAUGUUCAUUGACAACUUCUGGGGUCUGGCCGCCGGUAUCAAGGGCGACAACAAAAUUUACGCCCCCGUCAAGCCCGAGGCGGCCUACUGCCCCAUCUCGGUUGAGGACAUUGGUCUGGCCAGUGCCACCAUCCUCGCCCACCCCAAGAAGCACAAGAACAAGACCUACACUCUGACCACCCCCAAGAACAUCGCUCAUGCCGACAUUGCCAAGGUCUUCAGUGAGGUGCUGGGCCGCCAGAUCGACUAUGUGCAGGUUCCCUACGAGGCUGCCAAAAAGGCCUUUAUGGAUCUGGGCGUGCCCGAGUGGCAGGCAGAUGGCGUGAUGGAGCUGUACAAGUACGUCGAUUCCGGUGACAAGAUGGUCACUACCCCAACCAAGGACUUUAAGAAGAUCGUCGGUAAGGAGGCCAAGGGCUUUAAGCAAUGGCUCGAGCCCGUCAAGGAGAGAGAAGGAGAGAGAAAAGAGAGAAAAAGGUCGAGCAAAGACACAAAGAGAGAGAGAGAGAGAGAGAGAGAAAGAGAGAGAAGAGAGAGAGAGAGAGAGAGAGAGAGAGAGAGAGAGAGAGAGAGAGAGAGAGAGAGAGAGAGAGAGAGAGAGAGAGAGAGAGAGAGAGAGAGAGAGAGAGAGAGAGAGAGAAAUGAAUUGGUAAAGAUACAAAGAGAGAAAAGGAGAGAGAGAAAGAGAGAGAGAGAACCAGUCAUCAUGACCACUGUCGCCACCGUUGGUACCUCCGGCUACGUUGGCCAGGCCACUGUGCAGGCCUUGGCCAAGGCCUUCCCCAACGUCACGGUCAAGGCCGGUGUCCGCGACCCGACCGCCGACAAGGCCCAGGCCCUCAAGGCCGGUGACAACAUCAAGCUCACCAAGAUUGACAUGAACGAUGCCGAGAACAUGAAGGCCGAGUUCAAGGGCGUUGAUGCCGUCUACGUCAUUACCCCCGGCCAUAUCGACCGCGCCAAGCUGACCAACAACGCCGUUGAUGCUGCCAAGGCUGCCGGCGCCAAGUUCGUGAUGGUCGUCUCGGUCCCCACCGCCUACACCGACUCAUGCUUUGGCCGUCAGUGCGGCGAGAUUGAGGAUCAUGUCAAGGCCGCUGGUAUCCCCUACUGCAUCCUCCGCCUGCCCAUGUUCAUUGACAACUACUGGGGUCUCCAGCAGGGCAUCAAGAACGACAGCAACAUUUACAGCCCCACCAAGCCCGAGGCGGCAUACACCCCCAUUGCAGUCGAGGAUGUCGGUCUGGCCAGCGCCACCAUCCUUGCCCACUCCGAGAAGCACCACAAUACCAAGUACACCCUCUCCUCCAAGUCCAUCGACCACACCACCAUUGCCCAGGUCUUUAGCGAGGUUUUGGGCCGCAAGAUCAACUACGUCCAGGUUCCCUACGAGGCUGCCAAGCAGGCUUUCAUGGGUCUGGGCAUGCCCGAGUGGCAGACUGACGGUGUCCUCGAGCUCUACCGCUACGUCGAUGCCGGCAGCAAGAUGGUCAACACCGCAACCGAUGACUUCAAGACCAUCACCGGUCAGGAGCCCAAGAGCUUCAAGGAGUGGCUGCAGCCCGUCAAGGAGGCCUUUUAAGAGCCCGGUCACCACUCGCCGCCUCUUUGUGUGCGCACCCACGUGUGCAGGUUUUAGGAUUUUUUCUGUAGCCCGGCGUCCACCCUGAGUUGCCCAAAGCUGAACACUUGCACACACUUCAAUUGAGCCAUGUGUGC